AACAGGAAUGCCACACUGCCUCUGAAUCCCGGUGGCCACUCUCUUGUUUCUCUCUGCAUCCAAUAGAAGAGCCUGCCUUUUAGUUACUUUAAUUAGUUUUUUUCUGAAAAUAGAAAAAAGAUUACAGAAGUAUGAAAAGAACAUAUUUCACAAUGGCGAUAAAGUAUUUAAUUGGUGUAUGCACUGUCCGACUCAACCAAUCAGAUUGAAAUCUUUUUUAUGUAUGUGGGUAUGUGUGAUGAUGUCCAGUUGAGUCUGAGGCGAGCACGUGUUCGAGGUUGUCAAAUCUUUCAUGCAUUUGGAAAUAUUAAAAAAAAUUCGUCCUGAAAAAUAUAUUUAUUUUCUGUAGCAAUUUCAGUUCAAUUUUAUUAUUAUAUGUCUUAAAUAUGGCAAUUGAUUUAGGAUUCGUAGAGAAAUGCGAAUCGUGGCGACUGACAAGCAGAUUCUUUCCUAGUAAAGUGGGCGGUAAACCGGCCUGGCUCGAGCUGAAAAAUAUUCCCGGUAAAAGUGAUUUGGAAUGCGAGUAUUGCAACGAGGUUUGCGUAUUUCUGUGCCAGAUUUACGCACCGUACGAGGAAAACGUCGAUGCUUUUCACAGGACUAUAUAUAUUUUUAUAUGCAAGAACGUAGAUUGCUGUAGACCGAAUCAAAAUGGAAACUUGAAAGUUUUUCGAUCGCAAUUGAGUAGAGUCAAUAGUUUUUAUCCGUCUGAACCGCCUGUCGAGCAGAAAAAUUGGAGAACAGACAUUGAUGUGUCGCAAUGGACAAAAACAUGUUGUAUUUGUGGGAUUGCAGCACCGAGUCAUUGUGCUAAAUGUAAAGUUGUCAAUUAUUGUUGUCGUGUGCAUCAAGUAUAUGACUGGAAGAAUGGACAUAAGCAUACGUGUGGCGCUGAAGCAAAUAGUGACAAUAAUUUCUUGUUUCCUGAAUAUGAGAUUGUAGUAGAGAGCGAUGAUUCUGUGAAAGAUAAUAUGGAGCAAGACGAUUUUGAAAGGGAACAGAGGGAGAUUAAAAAGUAUAAUGCAAUGAUAAAAAAUGGCAAAGCUGGAAGUCUUCAGCAUGAAGACGUUAAUGAUGAUUUAUUACAGAUGGCUAGCGACGAAAAAGAUGAAAUAUUUGUAGAAUUUCGUAUGGGAAUAGAUAAUUAUCCAGAUCAGAUCUUAAGAUAUGACAGAGGAGGAAAAGUUUUAUACAUAUCGCAACAAAACAAAAUAGCAGAUGUUCCAAAAUGCCCAGAAUGCAAUAGUGAUAGACAGUUUGAAUUUCAAAUAAUGCCACAGCUAUUAAAUUACUUAGGCUUGAAUGAUAUUGUCAAGUGUCUUGACUGGGGAAUAUUAGCUGUUUUCACAUGCAAACAAUCUUGUGCACCUAAUGAUACAUACAUAAGAGAAUAUAUAUGGAAGCAAGAUAUUGUAACUGACUCGAGAAUAAACCAAGAUGCAUGAUA